AGCGUUAAAAACAACGAUCGCCACACCGAAACCAGUGCAGAGCCUCAACCAAGCCGCCAACCUUCGGAACCGAAUAGUGAUAGGACCGAAGAGAUUCCUAGAAUGAAUAACAAUGGCGGUAAUGCGGCUGGCACAGCCCCAGUGCGAGAGCACCUUCUUUCCCCAGAAAUGGCCACCGAAAUAGCCGUACUCAUUAUACGAGCACUGGAUGAAUGCGACAGAUACCAGAGACGCCAGUCGCUUGGCGGCAACGGAGCUGGAGCGAAUAAUGGAGGCAGUAGAGAAAAUAAUGGUUUCGAUAAUGGGAACCAGAGCUUCGGUAAUGGAUACGAUAUGGUUAAUGCGAGCGGGAUUUCCUUGAGGUGGAAUCCAGAAGAUAUUGGUUUUUUCGAACCCGAUAAUUCCGCAAAUGCAGAAGAUUACGAAUAUCAAGGAAAGGCUACCGUCUGGAGAAAUGUAUAUCUUUUCGUUAACGCCUUUCAAUUCAAUACACAAGGAGGACGUAAAAGCAUCGUACGUACGAACUUGUAUACUUGCCUACGUAGAGUGGCUCAGAGAUGGUAUACAGAGGAAAUCGAAGAAACGACGAAACUCGCCUUUCAAUUCGCACCGGAGGGAGUUAUGUUGUGGGCAAAGCACUUAGUAGACCGCUUUAAAGACUCCGUACCCAAAGCAAUGAAAAAGCUCCAAGACGAAAAAUACACUAUGGAAGACGCAAAGAAAGGUCGCAAUAUUCGCGGAUAUACAGUAAUGAUUAUAAGAUACGCAAAAGCCGCGGAAAUGGACAAGCCAUACCAACAGCUCUCUCAUAUAUACAAUAAUCUCGACCCGGAGCUGCGACUGCAUAUCUCCGCCCCGGACGAGAAGACACUGGCGUCAGAAUGGCUCAAGAACUUGGCCAAUAAGCAGGAAGCAUAGCAAGACAUAAUCGUAGCGAGACGUUCUCGUAACGCCUCGACUCGACCAGCCCUACGCUUCGAUACCAGAGAAUGCGAGACCCCUCCCACCGCCAAAACCCAGACAUCUCCUUACCGCAGUAUACAGAGAAGACAAAGAGAACAAGACUCGCUUCGACGAAGGGUACUCCAAGCGAGAGUACGACGGGCAACGGUUUCAUCGAUACCGCCGAAACGAGAAAGCU